GAUCAAAUCACUAUUAUGAUUUUAAGUAAGCAACUUUCCAUCUGUUUGUUAUCAGUCUUCUUUCGGUAGUCAAAUUUGUGUUCCAUUGUAGCUUCGUAGCCAGAGAGACUAUUCGUAGCACAAAGCGCAACUGAAACUUAUAGGUGUGAUAUCAAUACACCGCGUAACCGCAAAUUUCUUCCGGCUUUACGUAUUCGUGCUCCAUAAUUGUGUCAGCGUGUCAUUUCGAAAACAUCCCGUCAGAGUUGGCAUUAGUGUGACUCCUUCGUUGGUGGUUUAAGAAAUUUGUAAUUUGCUCUACUCGUCUCAAAAACAAUGCUGUCCUUAAUCAAUCGAAUAUUGGAUUGGUUCAAAAGUUUACUAUGGAAGGAAGAAAUGGAGUUAACGUUAGUAGGUCUCCAAUGCUCUGGCAAAACAACAUUUGUCAAUGUUAUCGCGUCCAACCAGUUCAGCGAAGACAUGAUACCCACUGUAGGAUUCAACAUGCGGAAAAUUACCAAAGGCAAUGUCACCAUCAAAGUUUGGGACAUAGGAGGUCAGCCAAGAUUCCGCUCUAUGUGGGAAAGAUAUUGUCGGGGUGUGAACGCAAUCGUGUAUAUGGUUGAUGCGGCUGAUAAUGAAAAAAUUGAAGCAUCACGGAAUGAGUUACAUCAACUUGUUGACAAACCAGCCUUAGCAGGCAUACCAAUUUUAGUUUUGGGAAAUAAGAGAGAUCUGCCAAAUGCUCUGGAUGUUAAGGAGCUCAUCGAUAGAAUGGAUCUUGUAGCAAUCCAAGAUCGAGAGAUCUGUUGUUAUUCAAUCUCUUGCAAACAAAAGGAUAACAUCGAUAUCACACUACAGUGGUUAAUCGCUCAUUCCAAAGCCAACUCUCAAAAGUAAUGAACUUGUUUUAGUUUUUAAACAGAGCUAAUCCGAAAACUCAGGAUGAAGAUGCUGAGAAGAGGAUAGAUCAUGUGCCCAAAUUGAGUAGCUUACUUCAAGCUUGGAGGCCAUGCAGUGUUGGCAGUGGAUCAUUCAGAGCUAAGCUACCAGUACCGUUUAACGGCCCUGUAUAGUCUGCAACAAGUACAGUUCUGUUUUAUUUGCUUGCAUUUUGCCUAUUUUUAACCUCUUUGUCUCAGUAUUCAUUUCGGAACUUUCGCUAUUAUAUGAGAGAACAGCUUCUUGUUUAACUUUUAAUUUUUACUUUUCUCUGAACCAUGAUCCCUGUUUGUGCAAAAUUCUUUGUCUUAAUCUUUAUUCUUUUUAUUAAUGUGAUAAUUACUUUGUUCUAUACUGUUUUAUAUUGCAAAUCUUUUUUAGAGAACAUAGUCACUUGUAAUUCUAUAAAUGUUCAUGAUUCAUUUUGAAGCUGCCCAAGUAUAAUGACUUGUUGCAGAAAGUAAUCGUGAAGGUGAUUGGUCCUAGAGUCUUAUUUUGAUCAAACUAACACUAACUGCACCAUAUCAACAACUAGAUCUUAAAUAUGAACCAACUAACAUUUUUUGCCCAUCGGAGGAAUACAGUCUAUUGAAAUUCCAAAAGACACUAGAACUGAGCAAAAUAAGUUGAUGCAAAAGAAUUGUAAAUAAGGAGAGGAACCGCAUUAGCAACGUAGUUGCUACCAAAUUUGAAUCGCAUCCAUCAGGAAGGAAGCGAAACGAUUCCAGGGUUGUAAAAAUCGUGCAUCUUCAUUUUUAUCUAAAGUAAAGUCUAAAAUAGCAAAAAAAUUUCGUUUUUCUGCCAAAAAAUAGUUCAUUUCAAAGAAUUGGAUCAUUUAAAUUUUAUAUUAAGCAUUCAUUCACAAUCAGACUUUUUAAAAGCAAAGAAGUUUUACAAUUUUGAAAGUACUGUAGUUGUGUUUUGUCCCCUGUGCUAAAUGUGAUUCAUUUGGCUCCUAUAUUGAAUACAAUAAUUUUCUUUACCUUUCCAUUGUUUUAAAAUUCCUUCUUUUGACUUUAACAACUGUUGAAAAUCAUGUUCGGAAAUUAUCAUCUUUUUUUUUUUUCAAGUUAAAAUUAGCUCAGAUUUUUUUACAUAAUUAAAUAGAUUUUCUCAUUUUAAACAGCUUUUGACUAGAAUAAGACCAGUUCAGAUAAAAGGAAAAUAAUCGCUCUGCAUUCACAGCGCAGACUACUCUUUGAUUAUUUUACUCUUUUAUUUUUAAUAUUUUAACAUGUAUCCAAUUUAUUUGUCAUAUUUAACUCACAAAAUGUAUUCACACAUGUAUUUACAUUGCGUAUGGUAGCUAAGAAUGAAUUUAUUGCUACCUUUUUCACGUUUCUUUUCGGUGAUGAAGCAAUUUUGAGUUGUGAUGCCUCUCCUCUCUUCGAGGCAUAUUUGCAACGGUUCAAAACUGUAUUCAAAUUAGUGAUAACAGGCCGCAAUACUAAGGCUCUUACUUAUAGUUGCUCCUUGAAUGCUUGGCUUCCUCAACCAAUGCAAUUUUUAUGACUUAAAGAGGUCUCAAUGAUUGAGGAACGACUGUGAUUGCCACAUUUACUCACACAGAUAAUUCAAAUAUCAUCUCAGUUAUCGAUUUCACCAUCCCGCCGUUGAAGUUUUCUUUGAAAUUUGGACAAAACUGUAAUCUUGCAUAGGUGCGUAAAGUAACAGUGUAUCUUGUGAGAUAAUAGAAAGCUUAUUACUUUUUAUACCUAAUCUUAAAAAAUGUGAUAACAUGGCAGCUUUAAGAUAUCCAAAGAUUACAAUGAAAUCCUUGAUAUAAACCUGCACCAAAUUCAAUGUAAGAGUUGACGUAGUCGCGGCCUUUCUUUCUGAUUGCAGAGCAAAAUGACCUGAAGCCUUAGACUCUUCCACAAAGUGUAUUAUUCCAAAAAAAAAAAAUUAUGCAAUGACUUCAAUUUUCAGCUCAAAGCAUAAAUUUUCUAGAGUCCAUUUGUACAACUGAGGCCUAAUCCCGUCCGAUUUUUUCUUCUUACUAGGUGUUUGAGGGCAACUGUGGCUAUUUGACCUUGCCUUACUCUGAAGAACUUUUUUCAUCUUUAUUCACUGUCUCUCUUAGUUUAUCUUUACUGUGUAGAUCUCCAAUUAAAGAAUUACUUCCCUUUUA